AUGGACGGCUUCAGGAGGCUGCUUCCGGAUCUGAAGGCGAAUUUCCUGGAGCGGUUCCCGUACCCAGUGACGUUGUUCUACUCCCCCUUCGAGGGGGCGCAGCAAGACCUUCAGGAAUUCAGGGACCUGUUGGGCGACACCCCCGUGGAGGCGGUGUCCCUCCCGUCGUUCGGGCGGGAGAAUUUCUAUCCGCCUCUCCGUGACAACUAUUCCUCGUUCGAGAACCCGUGCCGCACGGACGCUGCCUUCCACAAGGGAGGGCACUGUUCGUGGUACCACUUCAGCUACAAGCAGAUGAACUAUAUCUUCAUGUACGCAAUGUUCUUUGACACGCCCGCCUUAUCCAAGUAUCGCUACUGGCUACGGGUGGACGCCGAGAUCUGGUUGACCGAGCCGAUCAUCGAGGACCCAUUCGCGCUCAUGGCAAGAUCAGAUUGGGUGUUCUCCUACAGGCUGGAGCCCCAGAUGAAGAACGUCGCUUGCAACAGGGAUUUGCCAGCUGCCGUCCGGAGCUUCGCCGAAUCCCGCGGCAUCGAGCCGAGGGACCGGGGUUUCUUUGAGAGAUAUCUCAACGGUACUGCCUGCUUCAUCGGAAACAUUGGCGCUGGGCAGGUCUCCUUCUUCCGAUCGGAGAAGUACCGAUCACUCGUCGAAUUCGUGCUCGGCACGGGGAACGUGUGGACGCUGAGAUGGGACGACCAGCACAUGUACGCCAUGGCGGUCGCCCUCUUCUCGACGGGGGAGCACAUCGGCCGCCUCCCCAUCCGGGUCUGCCACCGCGUCGAGGACGACUGCGACCACCAUCUGGAGCCCAGCCUCGCCGCGCGCCAGGCCGCCCGCGGCUCCGGGGCCCGCGGUGGGCCGCCGUCGUGA